AUGUAUAUGAAGAAAGGUGAAUUCGCUUUUGGUGUUGGACGUAUCAAUCCAAUGAAAGCAAUAGAGCUUGGUUUGGUUUAUGAAGCCUUGAAAGAAGACUACAUAAAAUGCUUUGUCGCAUUAACAUUAGGACGUGUUUGCAAGGAUGUUAAAGGAUCUCAAAAGGAUCUCAAUUACCCAUCAAUGCAAGCUCUUAUUGAGUCUGGCAAAAGUUUCACAGACGAAUUUUCCAGAACUGUAACAAAUGUUGGCCCUGUUGGCUCAACAUACAAGGCAAAAGUCAUUACAGUUUCUCAUAUAAAUGUAAGUGUGAAACCUAGCGCCCUCUCUUUCAGGUCAUCUGGUGAGAAGAAUUCUUUUGUUGUGACAGUGUCUGGGAAAGGAUUGCCAAUAAAAAUAAGGGUAUCUGCAUCAAUCAUGUGGUCAGAUGGCACCCAUAAUGUGAGAAGUCCAAUUGUUGUGUACACAAAUGAAGCCUAG